AGUGUUGUAAUAUUCUAGCCUGAAAUGUGGUUGGAUAAUCCAGCAGAGCCAUUUGCCCUUUUGGAAUAGGGCAAACAGCAUAUGGCUGCAAGAAUCCAAACAGGACCCUGAGUGCUGAAGCAGAGAGAGAAGAGGACAGAAGAGACAAGAGGCUAGAGAUUGUUAAAAUCAGUAUCCAAGUUGGCUCCGGGUUCUUGGUGAAACCAUCCCUCAGCUCCCAGAAGGAGACUAUUAGAUCAUGAAACUAAUUGCCAUCCUUUUCCUCUGCUCCAGGCUGCUAUCAAGUUUAACUCAGGAAUCAUUGUCUCAGGAAAUUGACUGCAAUGAUGAGGAUGUAUUUAAGGCUGUGGACGCUGCGCUGAAGAAAUAUAACAAUCAAAACCAAAGUGGGAACCAGUUUGUACUGUACCGCGUAACUGAGGUCACUAAGAUGGUUGUCCCUGAUAUAUUUUAUUCCUUCAAGUACCAAAUCAAGGAGGGUGAUUGCCCUGUUAAAAGUGGCAAAAGCUGGCAGGACUGUGACUACAAGGAAGCGUCAGAAGCUGCCACUGGAGAAUGUACAGCAACCGUAGGGAAGAGGGGGAAUAGGAAAUUCUCCGUGGCUACCCAGACCUGCCAGAUUACUCCAGCCGAGGGCCCUGUGGUGACAGCCCAGUAUGACUGCCUUGGCUGUGUGCAUCCUAUAUCAACGGAGAGCCCCGACCUGGAGCCCAUUCUGAGACACGGCAUUCAACAUUUUAACAACAAUACUGAUCAUACCUACCUCUUUGCUCUUAGAGAAGUAAAAAAGGCCCAAAGACAGGUGGUGGCUGGAUGGAACUUUCAAGUUAACUAUGCAAUUGUGCAAACUAACUGUUCCAAGGAGAAUUUUCUUGUCUUAACUCCAGACUGCAAGACCCUUUUGAAUGGUGAUAUGGCUGAAUGUACAGAUAAUGCAUACAUGGAUCUUCAGGAAAGAAUUGCUUCCUUCGUACAGAACUGCGACUUUUAUCCAGCGGAGGAUUUUGUACCAACACCUCCCAAAAUUUGUCUUGGCUGCCCCAGAGAUAUUCCCGUCGACAGCCCAGAGCUGCAGGAGGCUCUGACUCAUUCCAUCGCAAAGCUUAAUGCAGAGAAUAAUGAAACUUUCUAUUUCAAGAUUGACACCGUGAAAAGAGCAACAGAACAGCUGGUGGCUGGACAGAAAUUUUCUAUUGAGUUUACAGCCAGGGAAACCACAUGUUCCAAGGAAAGUAAUGAAGAGUUGUCCGAAAGUUGUGAGACCAAAAACCCUGGUCAAAGUCUGGUCUGCAAUGCUGAAGUUUAUGUGAUACCUUGGGAGAAAAAAAUUUACCCUACUGUCAACUGUAGAUCACUUGGAAUGAUCACAUUCCUGAAAAGGCCUCCAGGUUUUUCACCUUUCCGAUCAGUACAAGUAAAGGAAACAAGAAAAGGAAUAACUAGACACCUAAGGUUCUGCGAGUUCAAGGGCCGACCCCCAAAGGCAGGGGCAGAGCCAGCAUCUGCAAGUGAGGUCUCAUGACCAGUGGGUGAAAUCUUCACACCUGGCACAAUAGCCCCAACGCCUUCCACCAGCAACUUUGAGUGGAAGGACAAGAAGAAAGAUGGGAUAGAAUAAAAAUACAGAAGAAUGUCAUUUUAUCACUCUGUUCCUGGGUGAAAUAAAGUUCAGUCCUGAUGGUCUCACA